GGGGCGCCGAAGAUGGCGGCGGCUCCGGUGGCGGCGGCGGCGGCUCCGGCCGCGGGGCAUCGCCGCUUCUCGCUGCUCGCCAUCGUGGGCGGCGGCUGCCACCGGCCCGGCCUCAGAGCCGCCGCCCUGCAGCAGCUGGAGCGAGGGAUCCGCUCGUGGGACAUCGACCUGACCUCCUGUAACCUGGAUGAGCAGCUGAAACUUUUUGUGUCUCGACACUCAGCCACCUUCUCCAGCAUUGUGAAAGGUCAGAGGACCCUGCACCACCGUGGGGAUGUGCUGGAGACCCUGGUGCUGCUGAACCCUUCAGACAAAUCCCUGUGUGAUGAGCUGCGGACCCUGCUGACGGACGUGUCCCAGCACAAGCUGCUGGUGUUCGCGGGGCCGUGCGUGGAGGGCACGGGGGAGCUGAUGCUGCAGACCGGCUGCUUCUCCCUGCGGGAUUUCCUCCAGAUCUUCACCGACAAGGAG